AUGGAGAGAGAGAGGGAAAGAGAAAAUAUGUGGGGUACAUGUAUAUUAGAAGUAUAUAACGAUACGGAGAACCAGAACAAUAUCACUGCUAUGUUUUCUAAAGACGCUAUUUCUACUAAUACUACCGCUACAUCUUUGGUAGUUAACGAUCCUGACUUGAAUGAUAAUACAACAACAUUUACAAACAACAACAACACUAAAGUUAAUGCUGAUGUGCUGUCAUCAUCAGAUGAUGGCGUCAACAUAACAACAACAAAAUUAAUGCCACCAACAGCUAAAACAACAACAUUAAUGUCAUUAACACCAGCUACAGCAUCAAUUAAAAACAGCCUCAUCACUCCUAACCUAGCAGACGAAAAUGUAUUUAACACAAAUUCAUCCGACUAUUACAUUAAUGCCAACAACGAUAAUUACAUCAACAUCACUGACAGCUCCAGUAACAACACUAAUGAUGACAUCAACAUUUUCAACACUACCAUAGACAACAACAUUAAAAACCUGCCUGACAACAAUUACACUAACAACAACAACAAAACAGCAAUAAACAUCACAGCCGCACUGCUCUCCGGAAACUCGGCCAGCAAUUAUACAGAAAGCACCAACGCAACUAAUGACAUCAACAAAAACAACAACAACGGCGUAAAUAAAAACGUCAGUGACGUCAUCACUGACAACAAUUACAUCAUUGACAACAACAACAACAACACAAACAUCACAAUGAAUGAAAAUGCAUCGAUCACCACACACGACUACAUAAACAAUUUCACUAACAACCCAAACCAUGUGAUUGAUGACUAUAACAACACUUACAUCAACAACAACAUCGACAAAAGCAUCAACAACAACAACAACAUCACCAACACUAACAACAACGUCAACACAAACACAUCCGACAUUCACUCAAUCAUUAUUUCCAAUAUAACCGACAGCGAUUAUAUAAACAAUUAUACGGAUGAACAUAGCAUAAACAACAUAAACAACAACAACAACAACAUCAAUAAUACUCUCAAUAACAACACCAACAAUGACAUUAACAAUACUGACAUCAACAAUUACACUAUAGUUAACAAUACCAACAAUUACGUUAACAAUUCUAUUGAUAGCAACGUUUAUAAGUUCAGCUUUAACUACACAAUUAUCAACAACACUGAUAAUUACAUCAACACUGAUAAUAACAACAAUGUUAUCAGCGGUUUAAACAAUUACAUCAACAAAAGUGACAUCAAUAACAACACAUAUAACUACAUUAACAACGUCAAUUCAACGAAUGAAAAGUUUAACAUUAACGACACAUUUUACGUUAAUGCCAUUCAAAAUGCGACAUUUAACAUCAGCAAAGAAAUACUCUAUGACACUAACAGCCAUACAUUUAAUGAAUUGGACAACCAAACGUAUGACAAUAACAGUCAAACAGCUCAUGACAUCAACAAUAACGCAGUUGAAGGUUACAUUAACAACACACUUGAUAGCAUCAAUAAUAACACCAUUGAUAUUAACAUUGGAAAUAACACGAUUGUUGGCAGUUCAAACAUAAUAGAAGACGUUAACAGUUUAAACAACAGUUCAAUACAUGACAUUAACACAACAGUUUAUGAAAAUUCCAACAAAACCAUUUAUCACAACAGCAGUUCAACAACCGACAUCAACAUAAACGUCCAUCGUAUCACCAUCAACCCAGAUGACAUCAAUAACAACACAGAUUACAUUAACAACGGCACGGAUCAUUCCAUUUUUGUCGCUACCAUAGUAAAAAACAACAACACAACAACUGCUUCCAUUAUAAAUGCAACAGAUGACAUCAAUGGUGGUGGCAACGAUACAGCUCCUGCAUACGAAGUACACAACAACACUAAUGACAUUAUCACAUUAGAAAAAAUUGACAAUGGCACUAAUUCUCAUAAAGAAGCCAACGACAGCACACAAAAUGACAUUAAAAACAACGUUACUGAAAUUAUCAACACAACAAUAACAUUGAAUGACAUUAUUAAUGAAACGUAUGGCAUUGAUGACAUUAACAACAACACAUUGCUUUUUAACACAAACAACAACAACACGAUUAAUGAUACAAACAACAUUACACACUAUGACAUCAGUAGCAUCAAUUCAACUGACAACAUUAACGAAUCAACCAGUGACACGAAGGAUUUUAACAACACCAGCAGCAACAAUGAUGACAUCAAUAUUCUUCCUCGCGAUACACUUUUCAAUGGUUUUGGCAGCUUUCGAGAAUAUUCACAUGUAGCAGACACAGAUGGAACAGUACUUAAAGAGAGCUCUUCUGUCGAUGCUUUGGAUGAGACUGCUAAACGAAUUGAAAAUAAAAACCUAAUAUGCAUUAUCAAGUGA